AUGAAGUUCAGCAUCCUUGCUCUCUCGGCCUUGCUGGCUUUUGCCGCUGCCGCAGACACUACCACCGUGAACCCUUCAAUCAUCACCACUACUCCCGAGAUCGAGUGCACAAAGAGCUGCGAAGUCACGGAUAUCUGCUGCACAGCCAAGUGCUACCACGUGCCCUGCCCCAGCGAUAACCAGGUAAAUGACACCAACGACUGUGUCUCUGGCUGUCCCCAGGGUACUGGCUCUCCGGCCGACAUUCAGAAGUACACCGAGUGUGAGCAGUCCUGCUACAAGUCGCACUUCUGGGGUGGCAGUGGCAGUGGUGCAACUGUUACCCACUCUUCCACCACCUCCACUGGCACCGGCAGCACUGCCACACGGACUAGCUCCGACUCGUCAAGCACUGAUUCCAAGUCUUCGGGCAACAACGACAACAACGGCAACAACGGCAACAACGGCAACAACGGCAACAACGGCAACAACGGCAACAACGGCAACAACGGCAACAACGGCAACAACGGCAACCAUGAUAAGAACGACAACCAUGACUCCUCCUCCUCCUCCUCGGGAACUGCUACCAGCUCCUCUGGAUUCUCACAGCAGACCGCCAACGCCAACGCUGCUGCUAAUGCCAAUCUCGGUGCCUCCGCUGCUGGCCUCUUCGGCUUGGUUGUUGCUGCCUUUGCUCUGUGA